CCCUGCCGUUUCGUCCAGAAGACCACAAGCUUCGUUAGCGACACGUGUAACGAUCUUAGUUGAUACAACGACCGCGUUUAUGAACUCAAAUUUAAUCAUUUGCCGUUUCUCUCCUUCCUCCUCCUUCGUCUCUCUCUCUCUCUCUCUGCAAAAAGGAUCGUGCAAACAUUUCAAAAACCCUAGAUACCCAAAAGAGAUUCGGUUCCUAAUCCUCUCCGGCGAUUCUCCUCGAUUGAAAUUGGGAUCACGGUACAAAGGUUUUGUAAAACUCUUGUGUUGAGAGAUGAGCUCACAAGAGUCGAGAGCAAGCCGAGGAAUUCGACGGAGGAAAGCUGUGAUUGAUCUGAAUGAGGUGCCCAGAGAUCACGAAGGUACGACCUCCGCUUCUGUGAGAGAAGCUCCUACGGUGGUGCCUAGUGGUGCGUCUGUACCUUCUCAGCCUGUUCCUACCAUGAUUGAUGUCGAUGCUAUUGAAGAUGAUGUUAUUGAAUCAUCCGCAAGUGCUUUUGCUGAAGCUAAGAGCAAGUCAGCAGGUGCACGUCGGAGGCCGUUGAUGGUUGAUGUAGAGUCAGGUGGUACGACUAGAUUGCCUGCCAACGUAAGCAACAAACGGAGAAGGAUUCCUCCUAAUCAACCUGUCAUCGACUGUGAGCAUGUCCCUGUAGAUGUGAGAGAGUCUAGCCCUAAGCCUCCUCCACCACCACCAGAGGAGCCAAAGUUUUCUUGUCCGAUCUGUAUGUGCCCGUUCACCGAGGAGACGUCAACCAAAUGCGGUCACAUCUUCUGCAAGGGAUGUAUAAAGACGGCAAUAUCUCGACAAGCCAAGUGCCCUACUUGUAGGAAAAGGGUGACUGUUAAAGAGCUGAUUCGAGUAUUCCUUCCAACCACCAGAUGAAUUGUACAUCAAACAGUCACCAGUCACCUUGUCUAACAGCUCAACCUAAAUUCGCUUUGGAACAUUGGAGGGACUUCAGUGACUUGGCAUUUUAGUUUGAAUGUUUCACUUUAUUGGAAGAGAAAUGUUCAUUGUUUAAGAAGGCCCCCUUUCAUUUAAUGGAUAUCAUUGGUAAUAUCGGAUUUGUUUGUUUCCUAGUUGUUGUUUUAUGUAAUUUAGGUCUCUGCAAACUGCUCAGACGAUGCCUUACUCUCUCUGAUAGAUGAAAAAUAUAUAUAUGGAAGAAACAAAAUUUGAUAUUGAA